CACCGAUUCCAUUAGGCCCGGCCCAUUAAACAAUUCGAAGUCUAGGGUUCAUACCCAUAAAUACAUCCGUCAACGGGUUGCUUUGAUCAGAAGUCUUCUUCGCGAUUCGAUUUUCUGCUUCCGAGGCAUUGUGUUUCUGGCUGCAUUAUGCGGAGGUAUAGCCCGCCAUACUAUAGCCCUCCAAGGAGAGGAUAUGGUAACCGUGGAAGAAGUCCCCCAAGGAGGGGGUAUGGUGGGUACGGAAGACAUAAGGAGCAGAAUCAUGGAAGCCUUUUAGUCCGAAACAUCCCUUUGGAUUGCCGACCAGAAGAACUUCGAGUUCCCUUUGAAAGGUUUGGAGUAGUUAGGGAUGUUUAUCUUCCGAAGGACUAUUACACAGGGGAACCUAGAGGGUUUGCAUUUGUGCAGUUUGUGGAUUCUUAUGAUGCCACAGAGGCUCAGUAUCACAUGAAUGGGCAGAUUUUUGCUGGAAGGGAGAUUAGUGUGGUUGUUGCUGCAGAGACAAGGAAAAGACCUGAAGAGAUGCGUAGGAGAACUAGGACGAGGGGUCCCUCAGGAUAUGGGGGUCGGCGAUCAUCUUACUAUGGACGUUCUCGAUCCCGUUCAAUUUCUCGUUCACGCUCUCCACGCUAUCCUUCGGGCUCCAGAAAUCGACGUCGCUCGAGAUCAUAUUCUCCUGCUCCAAGACGGCGGGGUGAUUAUUCCAUUUCCCCAGAUCGAAGGCGUGGAGACCACCCAAGAUCGUCCAGAGACUUACCCCAGAAGCGAGACAGUGAUCGUAUUCGCAGGUCAUAUUCUCCUGGUUAUGAUGAUGAUGGUGCAGCUGCUCAAAAUCAUACUGGCAAUGGUUAUGGCGAGAAAUCUGCAUAUGAUUCGGAGGAAGCACGCUGGAGAUCACCAUCUGGGCGGGGCUCAAGAUCUCCAUCUGGAUCCAGAUCCAGGUCUGCUGACUUGUCUCCAAGGCGGAGCAGAUAAGCUAGAAGGCAAGAAAUGAUGCAAAGGGCCUUUUCUUAUUUGUUUUUUCCUUGUUCAUUAAUUGAUCAUAGUCUUUUAAGUAUUAUAUUUUUUUAAUGUUUUUGCUUUGGUCUUGCAGGUGGAAAUUAUCUCAGUAUCUUCAGUGCAAUCUAGUUUGCUAGAAUUCAAAUUAUGAUGCUUUGAACCCAGAACUGCUCAGUCUGUUUUCUUAACUGUUUUGAAUUCACCUCAAAUCUACUGUGCUCUGAUGUUGUAUGGAUAAUUAAUACAAGUUCUAGUUGUCUGUUCUUUAUUA